AUGAAGGAAAAUUCACAGUGGCAAGAGCCAAUUGCCAUUGUCGGCAUGGCCUGUCGCCUACCUGGUGGGAUAAACAAACCCCAAGAUCUAUGGGAUCACGUCGUUCAAGGACUAUCCUCAGAUGGAGAUGUGCCAUUGGAACGUUUUGAUGCCGAGAACUUUCUAUCUAUGGACCCCGGUCGACCUGGGAAGGCUGCGGUGUCUCGUGGUCACUUCCUCGAUCGAGAUCUCGGAGAUUUCGAUCAUCGGUUUUUCGGGAUCAGCAAAGAUGAUGCAAUGGCGAUGGAUCCUCAACAGAAGCAACUGCUGGAAGUGGUUUACGAAUGUCUAGAAUCCGCUGGAAUUUCUACAGCACAUGUCAGAGGAGCGAACAUCGGAUGCUAUUGUGGAUUGUUCACCUCGGAUUACCAUGACAUACAGAUGCGGGAUCCAGAGAAUCUUCCAACGUACAUGUCUAUCGGAACCGCCAGGUCAAUGCUAGCUAACCGAAUCAGUUAUGUGUUCGAUUUCCGUGGCCCAAGCAUCACGUUCGACACAGCAUGUUCUACUUCUCUCGUCGCUCUGCAUGUCGCAUGUCAAGCCCUUCAUUCAGGAGAUUGCGAUGGAGCGAUAGUUGGCGCCACAAACCUUUUCAUCAACCCGGAAUUUGCGUUGGCUAUGUCACGUUUUGGAGUCCUGGCUCCGGACGGGCUGACCAAGACCUUUGAUGCCGAUGCACAUGGAUAUGCACGCGGCGAAGCAAUAAAUGCCGUCUAUAUUAAGAGACUGAGCGAUGCGCUGAAUGACGGGGACAAUAUUCGUGGUGUUAUCAGAGCUACCUGGACCAAUAGUGACGGGGCCACGUCCGCGAUCACUGUACCUUCUCACGAAGCGCAAGCAGAUGGUAUACGGAAAGCUUACUCGUUGGCCGGCAUCGAGGAUUUCGACCAGACGGGAUACUUUGAGUGCCAUGGAACUGGAACACCAACAGGCGACCCUAUCGAGGUGUCUGCAGUGUCAUCAGUAUUUUCACCAAACCGGAAGAGUACUGAGCCCCUGUGGAUUGGUUCUACCAAACCAAACCUGGGCCAUUCUGAAGCUGCAAGUGGACUCACUAGUCUCAUUAAAGUUGUACUUGCCAUGGAGAGUGAAACAAUACCACCAAAUAUCAACUUUGACGAACCUAACCCGAAGAUUGAUUUUGAACGUUGGAAAGUUCGUGUACCAAUGAGCGCCCAGCCUUGGCCCGAAAAAUGCAUGCAGAGAGCGAGUAUAAACUCAUUCGGAAUUGGUGGAUCAAAUGCUCAUGUCAUAAUUGAGUCUCAGCAAGAAUACCGAUCUUUCUCCGACCAUGCUCAAACCGAAAGACGUCAAACGAAUCAAUUUUUCCUCAUACUUGUGACAGGCAACUCGGUGCACUCUCUGGAGAUGAACAUUUCAAACCUAUGCAUAGCCCUUCAGCAACCUGCAUAUAACACAAUCCCCUUGUGCCAGCUAUCCCAGGAGAUUAAUACUCGAAGCCAGCCGCGAAACAGGUUUUUUAAAUCCUAUUUUACCGUGAAGAGCACCAAGGAAUUGGUAGAGGCACUCCAGGGCUGCCAUUAUGAGCGCCCGCAGUAUCAGCAAAAACACAUUGAACCUCGUUUACUCUUUACCUUCACCGGCCAAGGCGCAUUUUGGUCCCAGAUGGGUAAGAUAUUGAUGGAUCAUUUCACGGUAGCGGAAGAAACACUGAGACAGCUUGACCGUGUGGUAUCCGGCCUUCAGUCCGACAAAGCCACAAGGUGGUCACUAGUUGAUAAAUUGGUCACCCCGCUAUCGUCAACCGAGAUCGGCUCUGCAGCACUCGCUCAGCCGUUGUGCACUGCAGUUCAGUUAGCACUGGUUGACGUUUUGGCUAGUUGGGGGGUUCACCCAGAUGGCGUUGUAGGCCAUUCCUCCGGCGAGAUAGCUGCCGCUUAUGCCUGCGGCGCAGUUAGUGCGAUUGAUGCAAUAAAGAUCGCAUAUUACCGCGGAAUUGCUCUGGACAGCGCACCAGAGGGUGGCAUGAUGGCGGUAAACUGCAAUGCUGAUCGCAAAGAACUGCAAGAUAUAUUGAGCCAGGCCGACGUGUCCAUUGCCUGCAUCAACAGCUCUGAUAAUAUAACGAUCUCCGGUACAGUCGAAGGCAUUCAGGGCGCUUUUGUCAAGCUACGUGAUAUGGGAAUCUCUUGCAAAGUUUUACCUGUCACCCGUGCCUAUCACACAGGCGCGAUGGAUGGCCCCGCAUCCAAUUAUUUCAAUAUGCUCCAGGAAUUUCUCCGUCCAAAUAAGGCCAAACUUCCAUUGUAUUCGUCAGUUUCUGGAAUGAAAGUCGAUGGAACCGAUCUAGACGCUCGAUAUUGGGAAACGAAUCUGCGAACUCCAGUUCAAUACUCCAAAGCUGUCAACCUGGCCCUCACAUCAAUGUCUACACUGGAUGCAUUUAUGGAAAUCGGUCCCCAUCGUCUGUUGUCUCGCCCUACGCAAAAGAUUCACCAAGAAUUUGAUCCCAGUGGCGUCAGAUAUCCUUAUUUUUCCACCAUGAUUCGAGACUCCGAUACUUCAUACCAGCUGAUGAAGCUUGCUGGUGACCUUGUCGUUCUCGGAGUUGACGUGAAUUUACGUGAGGUGAAUGGGCGAGUGGUGUCGGGGAGGCAUACCAGUCCGUCAAAUAAAUAUUUGUUCAAUCUUCCAUCCUAUGCAUGGGACUACUCAUCCAAAACUUGGUCCGAACCUCGUCAGAGUCUUGAGUGGCGUCUACGUCACGCUCCGCGACACGAACUUUUGGGAAGCCUCAUCCCUGGAGGCAACCCUUUAACUCCAACCUGGCGAAACAUCAUCUCCCAACGGGAGCUACCCUGGGUCAUCGAUCAUCAGAUAAAUGGCGUAGCAACUCUUCCUAUCUCAGCUUACGUGGCAAUGGUAGUUGAGGCCUUGAUGCAACUGCGGGAACGAAAUUGGCAGGGUCAUUGGAACCAGCCAAGGUCUGAGUUCAAAAUUGAGAAUCUGAUUCUUUCGAGAUCGAUCAUUCUUCCGGAUGAUGCACCGGUCGAGACGUUUGUCUCGCUGAAUCCUUCCCAGGUAUCUCGAUCCCGUGUAUUAUCGGUUGACUUCAACGUUGUUUCAAGGAGACAGGAUAUUAUGACAUCGCAUUGUCAAGGGAAGGCUUAUAUCGUCAAGGUUGAUGAUCUCGAGACCACUCGCGAGCCCCAUCGACUUCCACGCAGCGACUUACCGCUGUCCAUACCCGUCGAAAGAUUCUAUAAGUCCCUGGAACGCGUCGGUCAUGGGUACGGUCCCAAGUUCCGCCUGCUAUCCGAAAUCCGAGUGCGUCCGGGAUCGACAUUUUGCGCCGCCACGCUGAAGGCGCCAUCCCAGGAUACACCUCGCCAGCGAUACGUAGUGCACCCUAUCUUACUAGAUGCUGCGUUACAGACCUUGGUCCUUUCGCAAUCGGCCGGCCUCUACCAAGAGUUCCAAACCACGAUCCUCCCUUCUCAUAUCAAUUCAAUCGCCAUAUCCGUCCCGUUUGAGGGUUCUUUCAGCUCAUGUGUCACAGAAACACAACCAUCCGGGUUCGGGCACAUCACAGGCACCAUCGAGUGCUUAGAUGCUAUUGGAAAGCAAUUCAUGAGCAUACAUGGCUUGCAGAUGAAUCAUGUGAUGAAGGAGACGAACACCUCGAUGCCGUGGCUACGACUAGUCUGGAGGCCCGACAUUGACGAUGCCAUUCGUAAUGGGUCCGCCUCAUGGUGCUUUGCAAAGUCCGAAAGCUCAAUCAAACAAGGGAUCCAGGAUCUCGAAGAUCUCAUCGGAAGGUUGAUUGUCCUAAGUGAUGACGACGACAUUCGAGUUAGCGAGAACGCCUCGCCCCACAUGCAUUUCUAUCGUAAUUGGCUACGCCAUCAUGCGAAAUAUUACCGGACAAUGAAGUCGGAACACGAGGAUCCCCAGUGUUUCAGGCGUCUUGAUACCAGUACGAUUUCACAGCUGGUGUCUAACUACAAACACCUUGAUUCGGUGGGCACUCAACUUGCCUCACGCUUAGCACUGAAUAUGAAGCAAAUUUUUGCUGGCCAAGUGGAUUCCCUAGCUGUGAUGUUGGAGGAUGAUCUGUUGCAUAGGCUCUAUGAAAACAGCUUUAUGGUUGACAGCAUGAACCGCAAACUUCGAGCUGUGGCAGAGCUCCUGGCACAUAAGAACCCAAAUAUGAAGAUCCUGGAAAUUGGAGCCGGCACUGGGGGUGCCACCAAUCAGGUAUUACAUGGAUUUCUCCAAGUCGGAGGAAGAGCCAGCUACCAGUCCUAUACGUUCACUGAUAUAUCCCCCUGGUUCUUUGACAAAGCUAAGAGGAAGUUUGCUGGUUUUGAACGCAUGACGUUCAAGGCUCUCGAUAUUGAAAAGAGUCCGACUGAACAAGGCUUCACUGACAAGUACCAUCUAAUAGUUGCAUCGAAUGUCCUCCAUGUAGCAUCAGAUAUGGAGGAGACGAUGAAAAAUGUCCGUAGCAUGCUGGAGGACGGUGGGCAUCUUCUCCUGGCAGAGCUUUCUGGAGAUCUGAUCGCGCCUGGAUUUAUUAUGGGGAGUCUGCCGGGCUGGUGGCAGCGUUCACAGAAUCCAACCAAGUCAGGACCUGGUCUCACUCAUGAGGAAUGGAAAUGCCUUCUAUCGGCGUCGUGGUUUUCUGAUCCAGUGGAUUUAACGGCCCACGCAAGCACUGGAUCACCAGAGGACUUGGAUUAUACGAGUGUCAUGGUUGCAAAGGCAAUUCCAAUUGAAUCUCCAAGUGAGGUUCACCUGGAAGCUGUACAUGUCUAUAUUACGGGGCCCGGCAGCUCGGCCAAAAUCCAGAGGUCAUUGAAAGACAAACUUUCCAUCCAUGGAAUUGAUGCCACCUUCCAAAGUCUUGCCAUACUAUCCAGCCAGCCCCGGCCCGGAGAAUGGCUGGUUCUCUUCGAUACCGUUGGAGACAGUAUCCUUUCUUCCCUUCAGACGAGAGAACUGGAAAUACUAAAGCUGUGGCUCGAUGAGCCUAUCAAUUGCUUAUGGAUUACGAGAAAUGUACACUUGAAGCCCCAGAAUGCGGCAGGCGGCUUAGUGAUGGGUUUUGCACGCACACUCCGUCGCGAGAAUGACGGGUUACAAUUUUACACAUUGGAUUUCAGCUCAGAUGACAGUGAGACCGUUACCAGUAUUAUCGAACAUAUCGUCUCAACGUUCUCCAAAUCCGGCAAUGAAAGAAGCCUUCCACUUGACUAUGAGCUUGCAGAAAGGGAUGACCAACCAAUCAGUCAUAUCAUGCACAAUCCAUAUAUUUUGACAGUUCAGGAGCCCGGCGUUCUUGACAGUUUGAUAUUCGCAUCAUACGACGACCCAUGUGCUACAAUGACUGAUGAGGACCUAUUGAUAGAGGUGAAAGCGGUGGGACUUGACACAGAGGAUAUGCAGUCGUUCUGGGGCAGGUCAGAGAACAUGUUUUUCGGCCGAGAAUUUGCCGGGGUUGUGAAGCAAUGUGGAAGUCACACUCCAGGCUUCCACCCAGGAGACCAUGUGGUUGGAAUUGGCGAAGGCACGUUCAAGACGCAACUGUUGGCAUCAUCAGCGUGCUGCGUCAAAGUUUCUAGCACCAUUCCAUUCGAGGCAAUAUGCGGCGACCAUCCCGAUUUGCUUCAUCACGGCUUGAGAAUUCUGGUUCUCAACGGAUCGACAAGUCACGGUAUUGCUGUGAUGCAACUAGCCACGUUGUUUGGCGCUGAGGUGGCCACCAUCAUCCCUGAUGAAAAGUACAAGCACCUCCCCGAGAAGUGCGGCGUUGCUCCCGGAAAUAUAUUUGUUAUUCCAGAGACACGAAUCGACCUCCAAAAGGAGGACGUGAUGGAAAGCGAGCCCUACAGCGUUAUUGUGGAACCUGUUUCCCACAAAGCAAAAGUCUAUGCAGGUUUAUUGGUCCCUGGUGGUAGGUACAUUGAGAUUGGGCGCAACAAAGCCAGUGGAGACUUGACGAACGGAGAGGCUCACCCGAGCAAUAUCACUUUUACCAAUCUUGACAUCAUGGAUCUAUAUCGACAUAACAAGCGACACCUUGGAAGAAUUCUGGACCAAGUCAUGAGUUACGUAGAAAGCGAGGAGCUGAAGGGCAUCAUCCCCUUGGCUAUAGCAGAGUUACAAGACUUGAAGUCUGCUUUUUCGGGUAUGGCAAACGGGUCCCACGAAAAACAAGUGGUUAAGCUCAGCUCCAGUGAGAACCAAUCCAUCAUUAUAACACAACAGAAACCCCAUCGUCUGAACGCGGACAAGACAUAUAUCAUCACUGGAGGCCUUGGCGGCUUGGGUCGUGAGAUUUCAGUGUGGCUUGCAAGCCGCGGAGCCCGAAGGCUUGUGUUAUUGACAAGCUCGCCAACUCGGGCUGUUGGUGCCAAGGAUAUUUUGAAAGAAUUGGCCGCAUAUGGCUGCGAGGCAAGAGUAGCUGUAUGUGAUGUUGCCGAAUUGGCAGAUGUCAGCAGAGUCAUCGCUUCGAUUAAGACCCCCGUUGGUGGCAUUGUUCAUUCCGCUCUUAGAUUGAGAGAUCGAACCUUCACCAACAUGACCUUGGAUGACUUCAAGACGGUGCUUGACCCAAAGCUACAAGGCUGUGUGAAUUUGCAUAAAACUCUCCGUAACGAGAGCUUGGACUUUUUCGUGAUGCUGAGCUCUUGUUGCGGUAUUGUGGGAAGUCCAGGACAGGCAAACUAUUCAGCGAGCAGCACCUUCCUGGAUAGCUUUGCUAGAUACCGUUGCCACCUUGGCCUUCCCGCCGCAUCUAUUGACCUGGGCUACGUGGAGGAGGUCGGUUAUGUGGGUGCACACCCUGACAUCGAGACUAGGCUUUUGGCAACUGGAAUCAAACCGAUUUCACUGAAAGACGUGGUCGACAUUUUAGAGGCUGCUAUCCUGACAAUGCCUGGUACACAUCGUGAUCCGAGCGGUAUCAAGCAAUACGAUGCAUACGCACAUAGUCAAUUCAUCAUGGGGUUCAGCGCCAUCGAUAAGCUUACUACAGGUAGCCAAAAAUGGGCCAAAGACAAGAAAUUUGACCCUCUACGAUCAAUGGACAGUGACAUCGAGUCACCCGAUGCACUCCUAGAAGAGGGUGAAAGUGCCAUCCAAACGGCCACCAAGAAGUAUCAUGAUGCCAUACGUCGGCAGAGUGAAUUCCCUUCUGGUAAGGAGGAAGCGGUCCUGCAGCCUAUCAUUUGCUCAUUGCUUAUGGCCAAGAUGGCCCAAGUGUUAGCAAUCGAUGUCGGUGAGAUUGGGGCUAUGCAGUCGGCCGCCGAGUUUGGAAUUGACUCCCUCAUGGCCAUUGAAGUCAGGUGCUGGGCAAGAACGAUUUUUUCCGUUGACCUUCCUGUCAACGAACUUAUGAGUCCGUAUAGUUUUUGCGACUUGGCUGGAAAGAUUGUUCGAAAAGUCUCGCAAUCUUAG